AUGUCACUUCCGGAAGACGUCAUCGUGGACAUCAUACGGAGAUGCGACUAUCCAACACUCUCCCUCGUUUCUAAGGACUUCCGGUCACUUGUUGCGUCGCCUGAGCUAUACGCGAGACGAUCCUUGUUGGGAUGCACCGAACAAUGUCUCUACGUUGUCCUCUUUGACCAUCGUUUGUAUAUUUUCCGCCGGAAAACAAACGGCUUGUUUCUUAUCCCUUCGCUUCCCGCUAUGCCUAGCAAUGGAACAUCUCACACGGUGCAACCCCUCCCGAGCAUGCCUAUAAACUUGACUGAUACAGUCGCUAACUUCAUCGAUAGGAAAAUAUAUGUAACUGGAUAUUGCGAUUAUGACAGGAAGAAGGUCCUGAGGAUGGUAGUGUUCAAUACAGAAACACAAAUGUGGGAGCCAGAGAUUAUAAAGCCUGACGUUGAGCUAGGCCUCACGUGGGCUUGUAAUGUGGUGGUGAUGGCUGAUAAGUUGUACAUGAGAGAUCAUGAUGAUAACAGCUUUGUUUACGACCCAGAGAAGAGUAAAUGGGAAACUGAAGACAUGUUGAAUUCUAAGAGGUGGAAGAGUGCGUGUGUGGUCGAUGACGUAUUGUACUAUUACGAUACAGAUGAGAAAAUGUUUAGAGCGUAUGAUCCAAAGCAGAGGUGUUGGGGAGUGGUGAACGGUUUGGAAGAUAUGUGGGCUGAGGCGAGCGGUUCAAGGUUGUCACUGACUGAACAUCUAUCUCUGUUUGGGAUGAUCCCUGGAUUCCAGCUUCUACCCCGAGGCCAGCCACAGGAGAUGGGAUCAAUUACUACCCUCACUUCCGGUAUGGAUGUAUCACUAAUUCUCGGGAUCCCAACCUCACAUGUCGCUCGACCAGACUCCAUGGGAUGGUUUUUUACGAAGACGGGAAGAUAUACGGUGAAGUCGGGUUACAAGAUUCUGCAACAAAGCUUGGACGCUGAUGGGCCCAUCUUUAUUGGUCCGGACACACGGCGUCUUCAAGCACAGGUUUGGAAGGUACAAUGUACUCAGAAAUUACAGCAUUUUAUUUGGCAAGCUUUGACGGGAUGCAUAGCGGUAGGGGCGCGACUCCAGAGUCGCGGUAUGCAGAUAGACCCACAAUGUAUGCGGUGUGGAAUGGCGGCAGAAACAGUGAACCACACACUGUUUGAAUGCCCACCGGCACUGCAAGUUUGGGCUCUAUCUCCAAUUCCAACGGCUCCACAGCGUUUCCCUACAGGAAGUUUGUUUGCAAACAUGGCAUAUCUUUUUUGGAAUUUGCCAGACGAUGAUAGAAUGCGGAUGUAUCCUUGGUUAAUUUGGUAUAUCUGGAAAUCACGAAAUGAUAAGGUUAUGGCGAAUGUGGACUGGGAUCCAAAUGAAAUAAUAAUCAAAGCAACAGCGGAAUCUUCGGCAUGGGUAACCGCCCAGGAAAAAAAUGUAAUGCUAUGUCCACCACUGACAACCUCAGGGGAAUCCCCUAGAACGGGUGAUAUUUGUCAAAUAGAUGGGGCCUGGAAGGAGACAGAGAGUCGAGCUGGGCUAGGAUGGUUUUAUUUGAACAUGAAUACUCAGGAAAAGCUAAUGGGAACUCGUAACUUGAGAAGGGGAAUAUCGCCCCUCCAAACGGAGUUGGAGGCACUUAUUUGGGCCAUGCAUUGUAUGCUGCGGCAUAAUAAAUUGCUAACGCGAUUUGAGACGGAUUGCUCUGAUGUGGUGAAGAUGGUGUCUACGCCAGAGGAGUGGCCAGCGUUCGCAAUACUUCUUGACGAGGUUGACCGGUGUAAACGGAGGUUCACCUCCUUCUCCAUCGCGCACAUACCUAGGACGAAAAACACGAAGGCAGACAAGUUAGCACGGAGUGCUCGAGCUCUACCUACUGAUGUGUAUUAUGUAAACUCUGUUUCGCCAAUUUGGAUUCCCGAACUGGUUUAG